AUGCUGGGCGUCCGUAGCGGGUGCGCGCCGAAGCUCGUAACCAGACAGGCGGAGCAGGCCAUAACAAACCCGGUCCCCGAAGACCAGCUUGCUGCUAUCGAAGCGCAGCGUGAAGCCGACCGUCUCACCAAGGUGUCCAAGGCCGCUGUUCAAAAUCUGGCCAAUACGCCGGUCAAGAGCAAGGGCAAGGGCAAGGGUAUCGCCCUUGUCAACUCCAGCGAUGAUUCUCCCCUCAUUGACUUCCCUUCAAGCGCCAGCCUUAGCCCGGUGCUAACUCAGAAGUAUACGAAACCGGCAAUCGACAAGGGUAAGGCGAAGGCCAACAUGAAAUCACGCGCGCCCUCCCCAGUUGUGUGGGUGCCUUCGAGCACCAGCACCACGCCGGAGCAGCUUGAAGCUGAUGCGCUGCUCGCUCGGUCGCUCAGCCAGGAUGAAGUGUUUCCCCCAGACACAACACAGAACGAUGCAGCGCUUGCUCGGUCGCUCCAGGAUCUCCUGGACAACGGGGGCAUAGUCGACGAUGACGAAGUCCCUCCUUGGAAGGCCCGACAACGCCCUGGGCGUGCGUCCGCCGCCUGCAGGUCGCCUAGCGUGGACGAUUCUCCCAGCGUGCUGGCCGCUGCUCGGCGCAAGCUUACGCAAUCUCGGAAGCCGGUCAAGGAGUCGCCCCUAAAGGGUUUACUGAGCAUCAGCGACAGCGACAACGGUGAUGAGCUCUUUGCUUUCGCUGAGAGCGACGACGACACCCCCAGCGAUCUCGCCUCCCAGAACCAGGGCUCAAACAAGGAGAACAGCGGUCCUUACGGCAAGCAGGGCCUCGCUCGCGACGGCGACAUGGUUACUACAACCUCUGGCAAGCGCCGUUAUUCCGUCAUCUCCCUCUCUUCGGACGACGAGAACGAUGGCCCGCCCCCGCUCAAGACUGUGAAGAUCAAGGAGGAACCGACCGAACACGUUCUUCGCGACCUCCUGGAAGUCGCGACCACCCCUUCUACGUCCCACCCGCUUACAGGCCAAGGGCCUGGGGUUACAUCCAAGGUCGCUGAGGUGCCCUCGCCCAAGCGACCCUCUGCCGACACGAACACCCUUCUGCCAGCCAUUGAGGGCGUCCGGGACCUCCGGCCCUGGCUCGUCGGAUCCGAGGUCGUCAACUCGUGGGUCCUUAAGCCCCCGGGCCGUGGAGCUGUCGCGGGGCCGUCGCGCGGGCCUCGGACGCUUUUCCUCCGUGACGACUACACCGGUGCCAGCGCCAACGCUGCAGAGGUCCAAGCUGCCGUGAAGGGCAUCUCACCUACUCUCCUUGCGGCCUUCGUCGGCCGCUGCCUGCCCCAGGCGGCGCACGCUCUGCGGCCUUUCGACAUGAAACUCGACAAGGCCAACGAGGACAUCCCCUGGGGUGACAAGCCGUGGGUUCUGACGACCAAAAUAUACGUAGAGGACGAUGAAGGUCCGCUCCAUCGGAUGCAAGGCGUGGCGUCUAAGGUCACAGACAUCAUCGCGAUGGACAUCUUCUCGCUCUCCGACAUCAUGGGGGCCUACGGCUGUGCAAAAUUUCAGCUUGGGCACAAGCAGUGCUCUGGGGAAACCACCUGGGAGCCCCGUGACCUUUUCGACACCAUCAACAUCGGCUGGCCAAAGGUGACCACCAUUGUACUCGCUCUCCCCCACGUAACGCUUGAGUAG